GACUCGGGUCUGUGGAGAGAUACCCAAUUUGACCUGGGGGUGGCGUAACCCUUAAGCACAAAGUAUUGGUUGUCGAUCGAUCAAACCCAUAACAUCAUCGACGUAUUGCGUUUCAGGAUUGUAAUGAAUGUUAAGUCUCUCUCUGCCUCUCCCUCUCCUCUCCCUCUCUCCCAGGGUCAGAUGUGAUGUGUGUGAGUGCAUCCUUGAGGUGCCUGUCAUGGCAGAUUGUGGCCACAGUGUGUGUGAGGGGUGUGUGAAGACAGACACCCCAGCUGACCCCACAUCCUCGCCACAGGACCAGACCUGCCCUCUUUGCAGAGACAGCGUGCUACAGCGUGCGAUAGCUGGCUACAAGGCGCGUCUGCGUCAGCGUUUCGAGCGUGUGGACCAUGGCGGCACCCAGACGGCCCUCUCUGCCAUCUACACUGAGCUCCUCGUUACCGAGGCAGAGGCAGAGGCAGUCGCCUCAGAGACACUCGCACACCAACACGAGGUCUGGAGACUGGAAUCCUCCUACAGACUACAGCGCAGCUCCUCAUCCAGUUCUCAGGACCAAGCUGAGUUGAACGGGACAACCGGGAAAAAGCGGAAAAACAGCGGAACCAGACCAGAACCAAUCAGCUGUAACAAUGUCUUCAAGCCCUGCGGAGGGGGGCGGGGUUAUGUGAAGACCGUGAUGACGAGAGGUGUGGCCGGAGUGGGGAAAACCACCUCCGUACACAGGUUCGUGCUGGACUGGGCAGAUGGCUUGGCCAAUCAGGAUGUAGACUUUAUCUUUGUAUUCUCUUUCGGAACCCUGAACGCCAUCAGGCAUUCCUGGAACAAUCUGCACGGACUGCUGCUGAGGCUGCACCCAGAGCUGAAGGAGCUACAAGGUGAGCAGCUCUACGAGGAGUGCAGAGUGGUGCUGGUGUUUGAUGGUCUGGAUGAGAGUCAGCUGGACCUGAACUUCCAGGACAAUUAUGUGCUGUGCGACACCAACAACUUUGCCUCCGUGGACGUGCUAGUGACAAACCUCAUACAAGGAAACCUACUGCCUUCCGCCCAGGUGUGGGUGACAUCACGACCCUCGGCCGCCAAUCAAAUCCCGGCGAGGUACGUUGAUCGGGUGACUGAGAUCCAUGGGUUCACGGAUCAACAGAGGGAAGAGUACUUCAGGAAGAGGCUCUGCGAGGACGGGGGACGAGGAGUCCGAAACACCCUCGAUGUAGCCGCUGGCCACACACACACAGACUUAGACACACACACACUCGUAAAGACCAUGGUGUCCCAGAUCAAGUCCUGUAGGAGCCUGCGCAUCAUGUGCCAGAUGCCUUCUCUGUGUUGCAUAGCUGCCGCACUCUUCCCUUACAUGCUGGCCCAGGACGAACAAGGAAACAACGCCAAACUGGUCCAGGACAAAGCAGGAUAUGACACGAAAUUGGCCCAAGUUGAAACAGGAAGCAGCACCAGGAAACUGGCCCUGAAUGGCACAGCAAACAGCAGCAAUCUGCCCCAGACCCUGACUGAGAUGUUCAUUCACUUCCUGCUCCGACAACUACACCUGGAAAUGGAGAUGUUUCAUGGAGGAGACUCACAUGCGUCACUGGAUGUAGAGGCAUCACCAGACACCGGGACAAGCAGAAAAGAAUCAUGGCACUCCAGGACAAGCACACAUGUGUCAUUGGAUAAAGAGGCAGAAAGAGAUGGAUCAUCAGAUGGUGGGACUGACAGAAAAUCUCCAUGGCACCCAAUGCCAGAAAGGGCAGCUGCAUCAGAGGUUGUAGAGGCAGAAAGAACGACAUCCUUAGAUGCUGGAGUUAGCUCAUACGCUGAGAAAAACAGAAAUACAUCACAGGACAUGGAGGCAAGUACAUGCACACCAUUGGAUGCAGAGGUAAGGGGAAAGGCAUCGUUACAUUCUGGGAUAGACAGAAAGGCAUCCUUGGACUUGGCUGAGAGAGCUCCGUCAAGGGAUACCGCAAUGAAGAGCAAUGCCUCAUCAGAGACAGGGACAAAGAGAAAGGCGUCUCGGGACUUGGAUACAACAAGCACAAAAGCAUCAUGUGACGUAGAGGUAGAGAGAGAUAAGUCAUUGGAUGUAGUAGCUGCAAGAGAUGCACCAUCAGACGCCGGUACAUGGACAAAUGUAAUGUGGGACUUGGAUGCAGAGAGCGAUGCAUCAUUGGAUGCUGGGGAAAAGAGAGAUGCAUUAUCAGAUGCAGGGACAGGCAGAAAAGCUUCAUCAGAUGCAGGGACAAGCAGAAAAGCUUCAUCAUAUUCAGGGACAAGAAGAGAUGUGUCAUCUGCCUUAGGGACAGAGAGAGGUGCAUCAAGUAACUUGGAGGCAGAAAGGGAUGCGUCAUUAGAGAGGGGGACAAACAGGAAGACAUCAUCAGACGCAGGGACAAGUGGAGAUGUAUCCUCUGCCUUGGGGAUGGACAGGGAUGAAUCUUGGGAUUUAGAGGUAGAGGGAGCUGUAUCAUUGGACUUGGAGGUGGAAAGAUCUUUUUCAUGUGACUUGGGCAACAAUAGAAAUGCAUCUUGCUAUAUGGAGGCAGAAAGAUAUUCUUCAUGUGACUUCGGGAAAAACAGAAAAGCUUCUUGGGACUUGGAGGCAGACAGAGCUUCUUCAUGUGACCUAGAGAAAAACAGAAAUGCAUCUGGCUAUAUGGAAGCAGAAAGAUCUUCAUCAUGUGACAGAAAUGCAUCUUGGGACUUGGAGGCAGAGAGAGCAGCCUCGCGGGAGCUGAAACGAGAGGUGUUGCUGAGGUUGGCAGAGCUGGCAUUCACCCAGCUGGGUAAGGGCGGCGUGGCGGGGGGCAUCGGCAAGGACGCCCUGGAGGACUGUGGCAUAUGUGUCGGGGACGCCACCGUCUACUCCGUCAUCUUCAGGGAGAUCUUCCAGGAGGAGACGCAACAGCCCCAGGUGGACCACUCCAGGCUGUUCCGCUUCUCCCACCCCAGUGUGCAGGAGUUCCUGGCAGCGUAUUUUGCCGUCCACUGCGCCGUGACCUGCAACGCGGAACAACUGGAGGAGUUCCUGCGAGAACACUACGCUGCCAAGAACCAACAGGAACUGGAACUCGGCAUCAAGAACCGCAAGAACCGAGUCCUGUCCUCCAUCAAGACCAUCUUUGAGAUCCCACCACUGGAGCUGCAGAGGCAGACGCAGCAGAGAUCUGAACAAGACGAGGCCAGUGAGGGCAUGAUCUGGGACCUGAUGAGGGGUGUGGUGGAGCGAUGUGUGGAGGACGCUCACGGCAGCCUGGACCUCUUCCUACGCUUCCUGGUAGGCCUGUCUCUGGAGACCAAUCAGAACCUGCUGCUGUGUAAAGAGGGCAUGGCCAUGGCUCCAGUUCCGGAAUCCUCAUCCGAGGUGGGUCUGCUUCCGGGACCUUCUUCUGAGUUUGGCUCGUGGACACAGCUCCCUGGCAUUUCGUCCAAGGCGGCCGCGUUGGGUCUGCUUCCAGAGGCGUCCCAGGAGCUGGGGAAGGUGGUGGUGGAACACAUCAGAACUCUACUGGACACCGAUCUGGCCCCCGACAGGUGUGUGUCCCUGGUGAGGUGUCUGGAGGAGGUGCCUGAUGAUCCUCUCCACAGGGAGCUACAGAAACACCUGGACCACAACCAUCGCCUGGACAGAGGAGGCAAGAGGAGCCAGCAGCAGCAGCAGUUGCCCCAGUCCUGGCCUCAUCACCCCCAUCGCUCCUCCAGGAGGCCGGGGCAAGAGAAGCAGCACGUGCCCCCCGCAGUCUGCUCCGCACUGGCCCACUGGCUCCUGGUGGGAGGGGGUGGGGAGGAGGUGCAGAGGGAUGAGGAGGCUCAGGAGAAGGCUCAGGAGGAGGUGCUGGAUGUGAGGAGGUGGCCUACUUCAGAGAAGGGCCACAGGAGGCUCCUCCCAGCACUGAGGAGCUGCAGGAAGGCUAUUCUAACAGGGUGUGAGCUGGACGAGAGCUCCGUAGGUCUGCUGUGUUCUGUUCUGCCCGUGCUGUGUUGUCCAAUCAGCGAGCUGGACCUGAGCGGCUGCCCCCUGCAUGACCCCUGGGUCUCCUCACUCUCCACACAGCUCAAGAGUGCCACCUGCAGGCUGGAGGUGCUCAGGUUGUCUUCUUGUUCCCUAUCUGAUACGGCGGGUGCCUUCCUGUCCUCUGUGUUGAGUUGCCCCUCAUCCUGCCUGAGAGAGCUGGACCUCAGUCACAACCUCUUGGGGGACAGAGUUGCCAUGCUGCUGUCGGCCCAGCUGGAGAGCAAAGCCUGCACCCUACACACACUCAGGGUAUCGUGCUGUGGCUUCUCAGAUGAGGGCUGUCUCCCCCUGGCGUGUGGAGUGGGAACUGCAGGCUGCAUCCUCAGAGAGCUCGACAUCAGAGGAAACGCGCUCUCUAACAUCGCCAUACAAAUACUACUCAACAGGAUACAGGAACCACACGGCACACUACACACACUCAGACUUGAUAAUGCAGUGGAUUUGUGGAGGCGAUUGGGAGCCAUGCGAUACGCCUGCCCCCUGUCUCUGGACCCCAACACGGCCCACUGUCACCUAUUGCUGUCCCCUGAUGGCUCUGGCGUCACCCACAGCCCCCAGCCUCAGGACUGCCCACCCCACCCCGACCGCUUCCAGCACAGGCCCCAGGUUCUCAGUAGUCUGCCUCUGCCCAGUCCCCGCUGCUAUUGGGAGGCUGAGUGGAGGCGGCACAAUGGGGGUGUGGCCGUGGGUGUGGCCUACGGCAGCAUUGGCAGGAAGGGGUGGGGCCAGGACUGCCUUUUGGGCUACAACGACCAAUCCUGGUGCCUGUUCUACUCACAUGACCGCUGCUCCGCCUGGCAUGGGAGGGGCCAGACUAUCAUAUCCCACAGCCUGGUGCCACUCACCCAACCACCACCUCCAACCAUCUCAGCACCAGCUUCAACUAUGCAGCGUCCACCACAACCCCCACCAGAACCAAGACCAGCACCAGAGCCCAAACCCAGCCCCAGCAGGAGACGGAGCUUCAAACCGAGCCUUCGAGUCCCAUCAACCGCCCAGCCGACCAGAUCGCCCGACCCAAGCCAGGGCAAGAGGCAGCAGCAGGCCCUGAUGCCACACCGCCAUGCACGGCUACGGACUGCUGCCCAAACUCAGAUACAGCCCCACAUAAACGGGCACCAGAACCAACAACACCAAGCACGGGCGACCACCCAGCAACAGCACCCAGGAGGACCCAGUCUGAAUGGGCAUCAGAGCCAGAUCCAGUUCCAGGACCAAGGGGGUGCGCUGCGUGUGGGUGUGUACGUGGACAGUGAGGCUGGGUGUCUGGCCUUCUACAGCGUCCACUGGGACUCGGUGGUGAGGUUGCACACGUUCCAUGCCGAGUUUAGUGAACCCCUGUACGCCGCUGCUAGGGUGCGGGAGCCCCACGCAACACUGACGCUCAACCCCUCUAUGCCAUCUUCAGGUAGAGAAGAGUACAGUACAGUAGAGUAAAAUAAGUAGAGCUGAGUACACUAGAGCAGUGGUUCUUAACCUUUUUUUCUUGAAGCACCCCCUAACCUGUGCCCAAAACAAGCCGCGCACCCCCAACCCAAAUGUCUACACGUGUAUAUGCACUAAAAAAAAUGUGAAUAAUUGUGAAUAAUUGCAUUGAUCAAUACCUUAAUGACUUUACAGUAGGACCAAACAUGCUUUAAUUUGGUCUUGAUUUGGCCUAAUUAUAAUGUUUGGAAGCAGUAUUUUAGUCAGAACCCCUACAAAAACAAAAUUCUGCGCACCCCCUGAAAUCUCUGGCGCACCCCCAGGGGGUGCCCGCACCCCAGGUUAAGAACCACUGCACUAGAGUAGAGUACACUGGAUUACAGUAGAACAGAGUUGAAUUACUUUCCACAUCGGAAGAUGCUCCGGUGACUUUUCUCCCCACUUGAGCUUAGUCCUCUCCCGUGACGCUCCAGGGCCAGGCUAUAAGGUGCAGAAGCACAGAGAAUACCUUACUCUUCUAUGUGCGCUCAGGACUCUGUAACCGCUCCAUGCCAUCCUGAGGGGGGUUAAAGAGCAGCCCUGUCAGCCUGUCAAGAGAUGGACAUUAGACUACAUCGCUAUAAGAUUGUAUUUCCAUUUGUAAAUGUGAUAUUAAUAUGCUG